UACUUUCGUUUUCUUGGAGUUUGUUGGGAGAAAACGAAACCUAGAGAGAGAGUCUUCGUCACUCCGCUAGGAUUGCGCAAAAGCUUUUCAAUUGUUUUAAUUCGACUGUUUUGCAGCUAUUUGUGUAAGGAUCGUCAUCGAAACGUAGGGUUUCGUUGAAUUUACGUCUAUCUUAUUUCUGUAUUGGAUGCAAUUGAAGAACACUAAUUACAUUCUUCGAUUGUACCCGAUGAAUUGGCGUUAGUGUAUCAUUGAAGUCUAAUCUUGAUUUGAGGUGGUUGGUGGGUUCUUGGAGUUUUGGUUGGUUUAUAGUUUGAUUCCAUGGUAUUUGAAUCGCUAGGGUUGGAAGGUAUUGGUUAUUUUUGUGAAUAUUUGGCGUUGAGAUCUUAGGGUUUGUUGUUUUAGUCCAUUCUUGAUUUUGAGUCGAUUUGUGGGUUUAUACGUUCGUCGGUUUCAAUGGCUUUAGGCUUGAUUCAUAGGUUUAUGAGAGGGUAGGAAUUGUGUUUUUGUUGAUUUAACCCCACAGUUAUGGCGUUUAGUUUUCAUUUUCAGUCCCGAUCCUAUUUGAAUUUGAUGGCGGGGUUAUAGUAUUCUCUGCAAUUUUCAAUCUUAUUCCAAAUUUGAGGUUUUUUUGAAGGUUGUUGAAUAAGGGUAGUUGGUAGCUUUAAUAAUUUAGUUUGAUAUUGUUGAGAUUGUAUUGGAGGCAUGUACAUUGAGGUCCUGGAGGAGGAGGGGGAGUGUGAAAGAGGGGAGGAGCAAUUGUCUGUUGAUCUUUCUCUGGAGGAGGGGGAGGAGCAAUUGUCUGUUGAUCUUUCUCAUGGUGCCAUUGUUUUGGAUGUGAAAAGGGUUUUGGUUGGAGCAGGGGCUCGUGCUCUUUUCUAUCCAACACUGAUGUAUAAUGUUAUGAGGAACAAGAUUCAAUCCGAGUUCCGCUGGUGGGAUAGGGUUGAUGAGUUCAUAUUAUUAGGUGCUGUUCCAUUUCCAACUGAUGUUCCCCACCUGAAGGAACUUGGUGUCUGUGGAGUGGUUACUCUAAAUGAAUCAUAUGAGACUUUGGUCCCAGCAUCACUCUAUCAUGCUCAUGACAUUGAUAAUUUGGUUAUUCCAACGAGAGAUUAUCUUUUCGCUCCGUCAUAUGGUGAUAUUUGCCAGGCUGUGGACUUCAUCCAUGAGAAGGCGUGUUCUAGUAAAACAACAUAUGUUCACUGCAAAGCUGGCCGGGGCCGUAGCACAACCAUUGUUCUCUGCUACCUGGUGGCGCACAAGGAGAUGACGCCUGAGGCUGCGUUUGAGUAUGUGAGGUCCAUCAGACCAAGGGUGCUAUUGGCCUCUGCCCAGUGGCAGGCUGUUCAAGACUACUAUUUUCACAGGGUGAAAAAAACUAGAAGCAAUAUCUGUGUGGUGGACAAUUUAGUGGAAAAAACCAUAGGUUUCCCUGCAACGCAUGAGCUGGCGGCUUUUGAUGAUGACUCUCUGGUGAUGGUCACUGAAUCAGACCUUGAUGGAUACGAUGAGAGCCAUGAAUAUGGUGUAAUGGGUAAUGUCAUGUUAGCGGAACUGAGCUUUGCCAGUCAGGCUGCUAUUGCCAGGCUUUCAUGCCUUUGGUUACGUUGCCAUGGGGAGAAGCUCAAAAACUCCAUGUCUGUUGGCACUGAUCAGUUGGGGAGCGAUGUUGACAUUCGGGUUUAUUGAAGUGUUGGUGCUAGUCAUUGGAUAUUAAGCUAUAUACAAAUCUUAAGUACAGGGAUACAGGCGCGUGAUAAAUAAUGAAGGGUUCUUUUUAAAAUCCGCUAUUUUUUCUUCUUCUUUUUUGGGUUUGUUUUUUAACUAGCAGUAAUUUGGGGACAAUGGAGACCAUGUUGUUCCGCGGUUCAUGAGACAAGUACUCUGCACACCAGUUGAACUGUUGUCUUUCCAGGAUCAAACAAUGCUGGACAAAGAGAGAAGGAAUGCCAAUCUGUACAGAAAAGAUGUAUUAUGUUUACUUGAAAAAAGUCUUACUGUGAAAACCAGUUUAAUUUCUUAUGAGAAGGAAAAGCAAGCUUGUAUUUUUAAA